CAUAUAGACCACAAUCCAGGUAGACUAAAUAUAGACCACAAUCCAGGUAGACCACAAUCCAGGUAGAUCACAUAUAGGCCACAAUCCAGGUAGAUCACAUAUAGGUCACAAUCCAGGAAGAUCACAUAUAGGUCACAAUCCAGGUAGACUACAUAGCCCACAAUCCAGGUAGACCACAAUCCAGGUAGACCACAUAUAGACCACAAUCCAGAUAGACCACAACCCAGGUAGAUCACAUAUAGGCCACAAUCCAGGUAGAUCACAUAGACCACAAUCCAGGUAGACUACAUAGACCACAAUCCAGAUAGACCACAACCCAGGUAGACCACAUAUAGACCACAACCCAGGUAGACUACAAUCCAGGUAGACCACAUAUAGACUACAUAUAGACCACAAUCCAGGUAGACCACAUAUAGACUACAUAUAGAUCACAAUCCAGGUAGACCACAUAUAGACUACAUAUAGACCACAAUCCAGGUAGAUCACAUAUAGACUACAUAUAGACCACAAUCCAGGUAGACCACAUAUAGACUACAAUCCAGGUAGAUCACAUACAGACCACAAUCCAGGUAGACUACAUAGGCCACAAUCCACAUAGACUACAUAGGCCACAAUCCAGGUGGACCACAAUCCAGGGAGACCACAUAUAGACUAUAUAUAGACUAAAAUCCAGAUAGACCACAAUCCAGGUAGACCACAUAUAGACUACAUACAGGCCACAAUCUAUGUAGACCACAAACCAGGCAGACCACAUAGAGACUACAUAUAGGCCACAAUCCAGGUGGACCACAUAUCAACUAUAUGUAUAAAUAUUUAAUUCUGCUUAAUUAAAGGAAUAAGAACGUUGAAUCGAUUGAAGACCUCCAGGUUUUAAGGCUCCUCCCCCUCAGACUCAGCAGCAUCUAGUGGACAUUAGAGGAACUGCAGCUCAAUGCACUUUAAAACUGAGGCUGCUGAUUGGUCGAAACUUUCUUUGACCACACCCCAACUACAGAUGUCUGCUGUUUUGAUUCCUCGCGAAGUGUCAGUCAUCUUUAUGAGCUGUUUACUUUUUUUACUUUAUGUCAACACAUUGAUGUAUUACAGACGACCUCAGCAGACGAGCUCGGGGGCUUUGACGCCCCGAUGGUCGAGCAGCACGGCGCCCCCCACCUGCAGGAGUCCAGUCCGGACCAGCCGGUCCUGAGCCCAGAGGAGCUGCUGCUGGCCGUCAGCAGGAUCAAACAGGAGAGAGCCGACACUCCUCCUGCUGAGGAGAACGGAGGAGGAGCCAGAGGAGGAGGAGCCAGAAGAGUAGGAGGAGGAGAGGAGGCCAGAAUGGACGUUUCUGGGGACCCCCAGGCCACCAGGAGCAGUGCUCUGUGUUACCUAGGUGCAGGUGGAGGUCUGGUUCCGGGGCUGCAGUCCUACUUGCUGGCGAAUGGGGGGCGCUCCAGUCCAGGAGGCUCUAGCCUCCCCACGGACUCCCCUCCCUCUCACCCCCCCACAGAGGAGGAGCUAGAGGAGGAUUACUACGGGAACACCGUCCAGUCUGGACUCUACCAACACAUCUACGGACAUCCCGGAAACCCCUACAUCCAAGAGAAGAUAGAGAUGCUGUCCCUCCCAUUGGCUAACGAGCGUCGGCCCUGCGUACUGGUUGGUCGGGACAACAUGGCGCUCCCGGCCAGUCUGAUCAGUCAGAUCGGGUAUCGCUGCCACCCGUCGCUCUACACUGAGGGAGACCCGGGAGAAAAGGUGGAGCUGGUGGCAGGUUCAGGUGUGUUCAUGACGCGAGGUCAGCUGAUGAACUGUCACCUGUGUGCUGGAGUCAAACACAAGGUUCUGCUCAGGAGACUGCUGGCUACGUUCUUCGACAGAAACACUCUGGCCAAUAGCUGUGGGACAGGGAUCCGCUCCUCCACCAAUGAUCCGAGCAGAAAACCUCUGGACAACCGGGUGUUAAACACUGUCAAACUCUACUGUCAGAACUUUGCUCCUAACUUUAAGGAGAGUGAGAUGAACGUCAUUGCGGCCGACAUGUGCACCAACGCCCGAAGAGUCCGCAAACGUUGGCUCCCCAAGAUCCAGUCUCUCCUUCCCGACAGCCUCCCCACCUCCUCCCACCCCCGCAAGGCUAAGAGGGGAGGAGGAGGAGGAGGAGGAGAAGCGGUGGUACAGCCCAGCAGCAGCCCCUUCGAACUGGACCUGCGGCAGCUCAGCGCCUCCUACCUCGGCCUGGAGGCGCCGCUGUACCGGGAGAGUGAGGCGGCGGGGGAGAGAGAGAAGGAGGCCCCCCUGGCCACCCCCGCCCUCCUGCCUCACCUGCAGUUCGCCGGGUCUCGUGUGGGAGGAGGUGGAACAGGUGGGGGGGGUCAGGUGGAGGAGGUGCUGAUGGGCGGCGAGGCAGACGGAGGAGGGAGGCUACAGACUGAACCUCCAGACCUCCCCCUCUCUUCCUCUUCCUCCUCCUCCCACCCCUCCCCUCAGCCUGCAGAGCCCACCCCUCCUCACAGGGUAUUGGCCGACACAGAAGAGAGGGGGGCGGAGCCUCUGGAAGGCAGCCAAUAAGCUUUCUAUAGUAUCUGCCUACCUGUAUGUAAAUAACACAAUAGCUACCUGUCCCCCACCUGUCUGUCUGUUACUACCUGAGACAGACAGUCCUCCUGUCUGUCUGUUCCCCUACCUCACUACCUGUCCACCUGUCUACCUCUCUGCCACCCGUUUGUCUUCCUUUUUGUCUGACCUACCUCUGUCUGUCUGUCUGUCCUCAUGUCUGUCUGUCUGCUUGAGUCUACUGCAUGUUAACAGCCUCCUGCAGUCCAGCACACAGAACCAUAGCAACAGGAUGAUGAUGAUGAUGAAGAAGAUAUUCACUCUGAUAAAGACAAUAAAGCUUCUUGAUAAUCAGA